AUGUGGGGCAUAGCGGUGUUGGCUCUGAUGGUUAACAAGCUCCCACGGUCACAUGCCAUACAAUGCAAGCAUCAACCAUUUCCCCCAAAUACCCUUUCUCUUUUUCCUGCUUCACUUCUCUAUGCUCCAAUUACUGACAGGGAAGCUACCCAGCAGCACAUGGUUUAUGACAAAUUGGGUCAGUUGGAGAAAGCUCGUCACUUGAAUAUAAAAGGAGACGUACAAACAGAUCAAAGAUUACAAUAUAUAGAGCGUCAUAAAAUUGCCCAUGAUCAUCAAGAUACUAAUUACACUUUUGGCAAAGAAAAAGACAGUAGAGAUUAA